AACUGAGAAAUUGAAAUUCCCCCUCCCCCCCCACUCUUUCUCUCUCGCUCGCUUUCUUACACAAAAAUUGAAUCUGUGAAAUUGGGGAAUGAAGUCUUCAGGGUCUACUGCAUGGAAAGGUCCCGUCAAGUUCAGGAUGCCUACUGCUGAAAACUUGGUUCCUAUUCGUUUGGAUAUUCAAUUCGAGGGUCAGCGUUACAAAGAUGCUUUCACUUGGAACCCUUCAGACCCGGAUAAUGAGGUUGUUGUCUUCGCUAAAAGGACUGUUAAAGACUUGAAACUUCCCCCUGCGUUUGUCACUCAGAUUGCCCAAUCUAUUCAGUCUCAGCUCUCAGACUUUCGGUCAUAUGAAGGACAAGACAUGUACACUGGUGAAAAAAUCAUACCAAUCAAGCUUGAUCUCCGAAUUAACCAUACCCUUAUCAGGGAUCAGUUCUUGUGGGACCUAAACAAUUUUGAGAGUGAUCCUGAAGAAUUCGCAAGAACCUUGUGCAAGGAUUUAGGUGUUGAAGAUCCUGAAGUUGGGCCUGCUGUUGCCUUUGCAAUCAGAGAACAACUUUACGAGAUUGCAGUUCAAAGUGUGACUUCUGCUAGGGAGAGUAGAUUAAGUAAGAAAGGCCGCAGAGGAUCUGAUCAUGGUUCAGCGAGCAAGGCAAGUGGCUUGUCAAUGGACCUAGUGAAGUUAUUCAGCUUUAAGUCCAGUGUAGUUCGGAAACGGAAAGACUUGGAUGUUUAUGAACCAGCGGUGGAUAUGCUAACAAAUGAGGAAGUUGAUGCGCUUGAAGCCAGAGAAGAGAGGCAUGCAAGGUAAAGAGUUUCGUGGACAUGUAUAUUUCAUAGGGCAGGACUCAAAAUAUGAAGGAUAGCACGAACUCAAUGUUGUUGUAUUAUCGUUAACUGGAGUUUUAUGAUCUCCUUAGGAAUACUCUUUAUCAGUGACUUUAGAAUCUUUGGAUUCUUACAACAGAUUAUGUAGACAUAAUGUUUGAUGUGAUACUCAAUCC